CUAACUGCUCAUUUCUUAGUUUGUCGGAAUAGGAUACCACUGGGUAUCAGCUAUCCAGCGCGGUUCGGCCGAUCGGGACAAUUCGGGCCCGGGAUAGCUACGGCCGCAAGGGAGGACCUCAGCUCGUCUAUCUCACCUCAGCUGCCAGCCCCUAGUAUUAGUCCUUCGUCACCCACGUUACCUUAUACGGUGUAUCGAAUCCCCUGUGAUUCCAACAAAAAUAUCUCGCAUUACUUACUCAGCCGUCUCCGUCAAAUUACCAUUACUUUGGGAGCUCGAAAGUUCACAAUGACAUCGAAAGUUAUCAAUGUUGCUAUUUUUGGCGCCACAGGCGAGUCUGCUGGCGCUAUCUUGGAUGGGUUGCUAGAGUCUACAAACCCGCGCUUUGAAGUGACAGCUUUGGCGCGUCUUUCGACAACCUCGAAGCCAGCCUAUCAGAAAUUGGCCUUGAAGGGCGUCAAAGUUGUUGCAGUUGACUUCGAAGGACCCGUAACUGAAGUCUCAAAGGCUUUGGAAGGACACGAUAUCGUCGUGGCCUCAGUCCCCCCAACCGCUGUGGAAGCUCAACUGGUCUUAGUGCACGCUGCUAAGCUUGCAGGCAUCAAGCGGUUCGUCCCUAGCGCUUUCGCUAUGGCCAUUGCUCCAAGCGGUGUUUCCAGCAAGGAUAAGAUUUACGCUGAGCUUUUUGCCAUCGGUUUAUCCUUUACUAUCAUUGACGUCGGUUGGUGGUACAACGGCUUCGUUCCUAAACUGCCUUCCGGACGGACAGACUACAUGAUGGUUCUUCCCGAAUUCAUGUGCAAUCUGAUUCCAGGUAAUGGUGACACAAAAACACACGUGGUCGCCUAUAACGAUAUUGGAAGGUUGGUAGCACGCAUCAUUGCAGAUCCCAAGACGAUCAAUAAGAAAAUAUUGGCUUCCGGAGCGGUCAUGUCUUUUAACGAGAUGUUCGAUAUUGCCGAAGAACUGUCAAGAGAGAAGACAAAAAGAAAAUAUGCUCCAGCCGAACAUCUUCGAUCUAUGAUCAACCAUUUCGACACACAGCUCACAUUGAGUCCGGAGGAUCGCACUCUUCACAUGGGGAAAAUUUGCAUGGAGUACUACUAUUCGUCUUUUGUGGAUGGAGACAAUAGCCCGGAUGGAGUCGCACGCUUAGGGUAUGUUCUUGCUACGGAGUUGUACCAUGAUUUUCAGCCGACUACCUUUCGACAAUUCUUUCAAGACGUACUGGAGAGCAAGGCAAGAGUGCCGUACUCCGAUAGGCAGUAGAAACGAAAGAAGCAAAUUGAAAUACAUCGAC